AUGACGAUCGCAGUCGCCCGUCUCCCAACAGCCACCUUCGGACAAGAACCCAUCAUUGUCUUGACCGUCAUGCUUCUCUUGGAUUACCAGAAUGUGUUGAUUCAGUCCCUCCUCACGGAGCGGUUCUCUGGAGCUCCCCCGGUCUUGAUUGACCAAGUGGUUUCCGACUUCGACGGCGUGACCUUCCACCUGUCGACCCCCGAGUCCAAGACCAAGAUCCUGAUUUCGAUCAAUGUCAAGUGCUUCAAGGAACUGGUCCAAUAUGGCGCCGAGGCUGUACUGCAGAGGGAAUAUGGCCCUUACAUUGUGUCCCCCGAACCCGGUUACGAUUUCUCAGUACAGAUCGAUCUUGAGGAUUUGCCCGCCGAGCAGGAGGCCCGAGAUGAGCUGAUCAUGAAACUCGCCCUCUUGAAACGGAAUGCCAUGGCCGCUCCCUUCGAGAGCGCAUUCGACGAAUUCACCAAACUUGCGGAGGAGGCUUCUCAAUACACGUCGGAAUCGGCACCACAGGGUGUGAAGGAGGGUGGACAGGUCAUGGCUAUCCACUAUCGCGAAGAAGAGGCCAUCUACAUCAAGGCCAACUACGAUCGAGUCACGGUGAUCUUCAGCACCGUGUUCCGCGAGGAAACGGAUCGCAUCUUCGGCAAGGUCUUCCUGCAAGAGUUUGUCGAUGCCCGGCGACGGGUUUUGACGCUACAGAACGCCCCGCAAGUACUGUUUCGCAGCGACCCCCCACUUGAACUGGAAGGUGUGCCCGGUCUCCAGGCUGCGGGCGAGGGCGAAGUCAGCUACGUUACCUUUGUCCUGUUCCCCCGUCACUUGACUCCUCAGCGUCGCUAUGAGAACAUCUCCCACAUCCAGACCUUCCGUGAUUACUUCCACUACCACAUCAAGGCAUCAAAGGUAUUUGUUACCGACAUUUUGGCCGAGCAUCGUUUGACUUAUUAUCUCCCACAGGCGUAUAUCCAUACCCGAAUGAGAAAGAGGACGGCGGACUUCCUCCAAGUUCUCAACCGAGCUCGACCAGAGAACGAAGAGCGCGAGCGCAAGACGGCCAGUGGUCGUACAUUCCGAGUGCAGGCUUAA